AUGUCCUCAUUUAGAAAGGAUAUCAAGUUUUCAUUGAAAGCUGUGGUGAAUAAAAAGAAAGGGAAGGUUCUAUUUGCUGAAGUAGACAGCACCUUUGUUGAUGUGUUGCUAAGCUUGCUAACAUUUCCAUUGGGAUAUUUUGCUGAAACGUUUGAGAUGUUACCAUUUGGAAGCUUGUCCACUUUGCACACUGGUUUAGCUAAUCUUGAUAGUGUCCAUUUCUAUUUAGAAGGUGCUAAGUCGAUUCUGCUCCAUACAAUGAGGGUUGGCUCUAGUGGUUCUUCAAAAUUUGAAUAUUUAGUUUGUCCUAAGAAAUGCAAACCUUAUGUUAGAUAUCAAAGCCACUGCUAUAGUAAAAUGGAAAGAGAAGUAGCUAAAAACCAAACUCGGACUGUUCCUUGUGAUGAUGAUGGAGUUUUCAUGAAGACGCCAACGACUUUUUUGAUCACUGAUGAUCUGCGUAUAAUGCCUAAUGCUGAUCUCAUGCAAUUUGCCAGUGUUCUUGGCAUUACAUACAUGGAUGAGACUGUCAGGUUGUUGCUCGUGUAUUCGUUGGAAUUCAUGAAUCCGUUAUCAUGUAUGAUACUCGAUGGGAAAAAAGAACGUAACAAGGGAGCUGAGUUCACUGCAAAUGAAUCAAGCUCUAACUCCAAAACAAUGAAUUUGAAAUUGAUGGUGCAAAAGUCCAAUAACAAGCUACUCUAUGCUGAAGCUGAGGAAGAUUUUGUUGAGUUUCUAUUUAGCUUCCUCAUAAUCCCACUAGGUGGUGUCGAGUCCCUUCUGUCCGGUAACACUAAUGUUAAGACUUUCGACAACUUGUAUAAGAGUGCAGCUAAUUGUAUCCAUGAUAAGUAUUUCAAGAAUCUUGAUGCCAAAAAUAGGCUAUUGAAGCCCAACAUAACUCAAGGCUUUAUUUCUGAAAACCACAUUUUCUCCCUCGCUGAAGAUAAGUUGCCUGUUUCCUAUGGAGAUGGUAGUUUCCGGGUUGGUUCAACUAAUUUUCCCGAGUGGCGAGGGAGUUAUCUUAAAGGACCAAGAUCGUUUAAGGUGACUGAUGACUUAACUGUCACACCGUUUUGUAUUGCUUCUAUCCUUUCUAGUCUUCAUGAGAAAAAAGUUCCAUUGUCUGAUGUAAAAGAAGUGGAGCUGCAAAUCGGACUAAAAGAGUGUGAUAUUUUGAUAUUUAGACAUGAGUUGUUGCAGGGUUUAAGCAUACUGAAAGCGUCUCUUACAUCAAAAUGUGCUCUCACCGACGCCCUGCUCCAUAAGUAA